CCUAAACAUGAAAUAUUUCAUAUUAAUUAUAGUUUUGUCUGUAACAUUUGCUGAACACAUCAAUACAACUGAGGACACCGAGAAAAAGGCUUUGCGUGAAGGAAUAAUCAACGUUCAUGGGAAACCUCAUAUGGAGUUAACGGUAAUAGACGGAGUAAAUCGACCACACCAUCUGUCUUACUACAAGCCACGAAUUGUGUCCUUAUUUCAAGUAGUGUACUUCAGCUACAACGUUGGGCAGCAAAAUGAAAGCACCCCCACGAUUGGUUACACCGUGGAACCUGGAAACCCAACUGCAAAGAUACAUAAAAUAUCGACCGUAAAAAACGGCUUCGCCACAGCAAUCGAUUAUGCAAACGACAUAAUUUAUUUAGGAGGAAGUGAAGGAAUAUAUACGAACAAAAUCUGUGCUCUAACGACAAGGGUGGGCAGUCUACUGGGUGGUCUAUCUGAACCUUAUUUGUUUAUUCCGAAUAGAAAUAUCUGGGACCUCUUCUUCAAGGAUAACCUGUAUUUCAUAGAGUUUCCAUCUAGAAGCUUGUACAAGGUCAGUUCUAAUAGUAAUCAAGUUGAAUUACAGUCACAAAUUCAUGAGAAGUUAUACCAAUUUGUGAUCGACGGUGAUGGAGAUACCUUCUUAAGUAAUAAGUCAGGGUUAUUCAUGAUAAGGAAAGACACAAACAAUCGUAUCCACAUCAAAGGAGCAAAAGUUUUCCGCGCCUUCAAGGUGAGUAGGAAAGGUGUGGCUUACUUCUGUGGAAAGAACAAGAUUUAUGUCGCCGAUAAAGAAAAGGAAUCACUUGUCAAAAUUGCUUCUAUAAAAAAUAUUACUGGAUUGACGUUUGAUUACGACAAUAACAUGUACUUUUCUGAUCCACAUAGGAUUGCGAAAUUGUUACCUAAUAAUUAUACGUCUAGUGUUGAGCACAAGACACCGAAUGGAACAUCGAAAUAGAAAUUUCAAUAGAAAAAUGUACAAGUAAUUAAUAAACAGUUUUUAUUAAAACGAGGCAUUAUUUUGGCAACGAGCAAGUCUUUUAAUUUUAAAAAUUUGAGUUGAAACUACCCUAUGUGUUCUACACAACAUAGUUAAGUAAUCAAAAAUCGGCCAAGUGCGUGUCGUGCCACGCGCAAUGUAGGAUUCCGUAGUUGCCCGUUUACUUCAUCUUAGUCAUUAUGAAUGUUUUCUUCUAAAAAAUUUUUAUUAAACGUCUAGCGUGUAACUCGGUCGGUGCCUCAAAUAUGAGAGCGGCACAGGAGGUUGUUUGUGAGACGUCAAAC